UAUUUUAGAAUUCAUUAAAGGCAUUGGUGCGAGCGUGUUUCGUAAUUCCAAAAAGCACUUUGCGGUGGAAAUUACAAAAAUGAGCAAGAUCUAUGGCCCAGUGUUUACUCUAUGGAUUGGACCCUUGCCAUUCGUGUUUAUAUGCGACCUGGAUAUGGCUCGCGAGUCGUUUAACAAGAUUGAUUUUACCGGACGCCCUUUUUCGCAAUUUGGUAGCAUAUAUUGUAAUGAGAAACAUAAAGACGUUAUUUACGAUGAUUACAGUAAGUGUUGGGAAAGUCUACGCCGAGUAUCGCAUACAGCAAUACAAAAGUACGCCAAAACAACGGCCUUGUCUGAAGUGGUGGACGAAAACGUGUGUCAAAUCGUCCGACGGAUUAUAGCCGAUAAUGAGGGUAUGUGUCGACCGUUUUCGUCGCACGACUACGUGUAUAAUGUGUUCGCAAAUAUUUUAGCCUCAAUCGUGUUUAGCGAAAAG